AUGAACACUUCUGUUCAACCUCUGCAACCCUUAUCAAUGUUCUUCGACUUUUUUCUUCCUCUCUUGCUUUUCACCAUUUUGAUAGCCUGGUUACGACGGAAACCUCCAUACCCACCGGGCCCAAAAGGCUUGCCCAUGAUGGACCAGUUGACCCACCGCGGGCUAGCCCGGCUAGCCAAGAAGUAUGGUGGACUGUGUUACCUUCAAAUGGGAGCCUUACACAUGGUGGCCGUGUCGUCUCCGGACAUAGCCCGUGAAAUCCUUCAGGCCCAAGACAAUGUGUUCUCGAAUCGGCCCGCAACUGUUGCCAUAACCUACCUGACGUAUGAUCGAGCCGACAUGGCCUUUGCCCACUACGGCCCAUUUUGGCGUCCAAUGCGUAAAAUAUCCGUCGUGAAAAUGUUCAGCCGGAAACGAGCCGAGUCGUGGGCUUCAGUACGUGACGAAAUUGACUCGCUGGUUCGAACCAUUGCCACCAAAGUUGGAUCGCCGGUGAAUAUUGAAUUCAACAAGAGGCUUACAAAUGCUCGUAAAUCAAUUGAUGGGUUCAUCGACAAGGUUAUCGAUAAAUACACGACAAAAAAGAAUAAUAAUAACUCUGUAGAUAAUUGUAUUGAAGUUGAUAUAGAUAUGGUGGACGAGUUAUUGACUUUUUACGGGGAACGUACCUUGAAAAGCGACACAAAGGAGACUACCAUUAAAAUUACGAGAGACAUCAUCACAGCUCUCAUCAUGGCGAAAUUUGAUUGUGGUUGA